GUGGACGCUGAUGGUGCUGCCGGGUAAGUGAAACUGAAGCAACCUUUGAUUCUGCAUAUCCUAGAAAGCUAGGCAAACUGAUCAACCUGUAUAUGUACUGAUGGUGAUUGGAUAAUAGCGCUGGCUUGAAGCCGACAGGAAAGAGCGGCGGCGACUGCCGCGACUUGGGCCAGAUCGGACAGACUUACACGCGAAUCGGACAAUCCCACAACCGGACGGGCAUCAUAUACAGCUACUACCUCCCUAAGGUCCAGGGCAACGAUGAGCAGCACAAGCAUCACUGGAUCACAGCAGUUGUCUGGCUGGCUGUCGAUAAGUGUCCUGAUGAUAUCGCCAACUUCUCGCCCCGUGGUGUCGCAUACUCGACGAAUCCCCAAGGCGCUUUCGACACCACACACACCUCCAAUACCCUGUUCGUCAGUUGGGAGAAUUCAGCGAUGGCAACACGCCCUAUUCUAGCUUAUGACGGCGGAGUUCCUCUUUUGCCUUCUGCUAAUGGUCCCGAAGGAGCCUUGAGCCCUCCUCUCGUCGCUUGGGAACGCCUUCCGGCGGCGGCGAAACAACAACUCGACGGCAUCAAAUAUGAGCACACCAGAGUCCCCUUCAGCGAUGCAAACGUCCAGGGGACUCUCGACUCUGCCUACAGCGAUAUUUUCUUUACUGGCGUUGGUCCAGAUGGUACAGAUUGUGGUGAUGAUACACCUUCGCAGGAUGAGAUUGAUCCCGAUUUCGGAGAGCCGGCCCCUUCAUCGACUGCGGUGCCUGAGCCCGAGCCCGAAGCAACCGGUCUUUCUAGGUGAAGAGUGGGCCAGUCAGGAUGCUAAGAUAGAAUCCAAGUCGUAAGCCAUAUUGAAGGCAGAAGAGUGUACCAGACUACGAUUUCUAUAUUGUGGCUACUUAAUCGAUACUGCCCGUAAAAUGGUAUUUCUAGGGUUUCGUUAUCAUCCAUGAUGCGGUUUCUUCAAAGUGCCCGUCUGAUUCACAGCCUGGACUUGGGGAUGGAGCUCGAGACAUUGUGGCCGAAUGUGGAUUUCGCAUGUGUGAUGUCAAUUCUUGCGAUAAAUCACUAUGUGAAAAGGACCCAUGGAAAUAGACAGAUGUCAGCAGGAAAUAAUUGUACCUUCUUUCAGGGAAUUCCUCGGAGUUCCAUUGUCUAUUCAAUUCGCUUGUUCAGAACUUAGUGUGAAUAACGAUGGC